AUGUUCGGCGCCAAAUCCGCUGCUCCAGCCGCUGGCGGGCUCUCCAUCAACACAUCAUCCGCCAAUUCGUUAUUCUCCAACACAGCAGCUCCUACAUCCCAGCCAGCAACGGCAGGGAGUCUCUUCGGAAACCAGCAGCAGAAACCCGCCGGGAGCUUGUUUGGAAACACGGCAACCCCAAACAACACGCAACAGAGCGGCGGAAGCCUGUUUGGUGGCCAAGGCUCGAAUACGACCGGUAGCACGCAGCAAAGUGGAAUGGCAACUGGAAGUCUGUUUGGGGCGGCCCCAGCGACAUCGCAACCGCAGGGUGGAGGGCUGUUCGGAAAUACAGCCGCAAAGCCUGCAGCAACAGGCCCGAGCUUGUUUGGCAACACAAACACACAGCAGACCGGAGCAGCAACAACCGGAGGAGGGCUUUUUGGGAAUACCAACACCCAGCAGCAACAAAGUGGCACCACCGGAGGUGGUCUGUUUGGCAAUACCAACACAGCCCAAACAGGCACUGGGGGCGCCAGCCUCUUUGGUGGAACUCAAGGAGCGGCAGCUCCGACACAGAACAAAUCGCUCUUCGGCGCAGCCCCGGCUACCGGUGGCACGUCUCUUUUCGGUGGAACCCAAAAUGCCGGCCAGCAGCAGCAACAACAGCAGCAGCAGCAGCAAAAACCUACACUAUCUAUAUUUGGAGCUCAAAACGCGACGCAGCAACAACCACAGCAACCGACUUCUGCUCCAGGGACGGUUGUUCAAGGGGUUAGGGUCGACGCCAGCAAUUUACUUCCGACAACGAAAUUUGAAAGCUGCGCCGACGAAAUCAAAAGAACCAUUGAGCAGAUUGAUACGUACGUGCUAAGCCAAUUAAAUAUGUGCAAUGAGGUCACAGACCUUUUGCCUAUGAUUGCCCAGCAAGGGAGUACGAUACCCAAUGAUGUCAGCUUCGUCGAAGGCAAGCUCGAAACUAUGCAGCAUGCGCUCGAGAACGAUGCUCGGGAUAUCAACCAUGUUCGCAACAUGGUGACGCGGAAUGCCGCCGAGGCUCAGGUCGCCUUCCGGGCAAUCGACAAUCUCAAACUCCCGCUGCAGUACCAAUCUUCAAGCGGAGGAUGGUGGUCAGUUCCCGAACAACAGCUGUCUGAGCGCCAGUCCCUGCGGUCAUCAAUCAAGAACCGAAAAAGUACACUCGCAUUACCACAUGGCGUCGAAGGGGAUUCUUCUACGACUGACUCGAUCGACGGUGUGCCCGUCAACCUGGUCGAGUAUUUCUCACACCGGUCCGAUGAGAUGUCGACCGUUCUCGACGGCUACAAGAAGAACCUAAAGGAAAUCGAAGACCAUCUGUAUGGUGUCGAGAGCUCCCUGAGCCGGCAGAUCAACGAGUUCACGGCGUCGCGCAACCGAGACAACACGCCCAAUGGCAGCACUGCCAAGUCACAACUGGCGGACCUUGCAGCAGCUCUUGGCGAUGUCGAGGCUGGAAUUUUGGGGGUUGCAAGCCGACUGGGGGCCGCAAAGGAAGAGGUCCAGGAGCUCGCUAUGGGGCCACCGACCUUGGGUCUUGGUCGUCUUGGCUAA